AUGGUGUUUGGCGAUGAUUAUACGCGGCGGGUGUUCCAGAGGGUGGCACUGGUGGCUUGUCUGCUGGUCGGUGCACUCGCCCCAGAGCCAUUGGAACCUUGUACAAGUAGCCCCUUGUGUUCUUGUCGUGUUGCGCACAUGUCAUGUAUUGCCGUUCCCCUCCACAGAUUCCCAGAGUGGCCUCGAAUAGAGCUUCAACAUCUGGAUAUAAGCAUGUCAAACCUAGAAAUAAUUUCAGAAAGUGCUUUAGAUGGCUUACAUUUGCAAACUUUGGUUUUAGUUGCAAACCGUUUACACCACAUUGAAAAUCAUGCAUUUAGCUCGAUGGCCAAUUCGCUUGCAUCACUUGAUCUUGGAUACAAUGAUUUUACUGAAGUACCCUAUCAAGGACUUAAGGACUUAAAAGUUUUAAAUUGGUUAAAUCUGCAAAACAACAACAUAGCGCACAUCGGAUCAGACAUAAGAUGGCACUAUUUAGAAGAAACUCUUACUAGUUUAUCGUUCAGUAACAAUCAAAUCACAGAAUUAAAGGAGAAAUCACUUACGAGCUUAAAUCAUUUAAUACAACUAGAUUUAGAAGGCAACUAUAUACGAAACAUCAAUGCUAACUCACUUCCACCUUCUUUAACAGUCCUUAAACUGUCAAACAACUUUCUUAAAAUCAUACCCUGUGAUCUAAUGCAUAAUGUUCCUAGAUUACAAUCACUACAUUUGCGACAUAAUAUGAUAAAUUUUGUGGUUAAUUCUUCACACAUUCAUAACAAAACAAAAAAGUUAGAGAAACUAGAUUUAAGUAAUAAUAAAAUGAACAGUGACUCAGUUUUUAUUCUAAAAGAAUUUCAAAUAAGACAAAUUAUACUAGACCUUAAUGAAUUAACGCAUGUACCUAAUUUAUUAUUUACCAACAAUCGAAUAGAAAAAUUAUCCAUAUCAUAUAAUAAACUUAGUUUAAUACAUCACGAUAUGUUUUUGAGUGUAAAAAAUACAUUGGAACACUUAGAAAUGGAACACAACAAAUUAUCGCACUUACCAGAAAGCUUGGCACAGGUUGUACGCCUUCGGCAUUUAUCUUUAGCUUACAACCAGUUCGAAGAACCACCCCUUUUCCCGAGUAGGCUUCAAACGCUUUCUCUUGCCGGAAACUUUUUAACCGUAAUACCAUCAACGCUUCAAAUGCUGGACACUGGUUCUAUUCGCUAUCUGGACUUAAGCUAUAACAAAAUAACCACUUUAAGUUCUAAUGAAUUUCAAGAAUGGUCCACGUCAUUGUUAACUAUUAAUUUAAAAGGCAACCGAAUUGCCCAGAUAUAUGAUAAUGUUUUCCCAACACAGAUGCCAGUUAUAGAAAUUAAUCUGAGUUUUAAUGAUUUAUACUAUGUUCAUCCUGGCUGUUUCUCCAACUUGACAGGAACUUUAAAUAUAAUAGAGUCUUCUUCGACACUAUUUAGUGGGUUUUUUCCGUUUGAAAUUAAUGAAGCCUUGGAAAAAGUUAGCUGGCUUUCUUUCGAUAAUAACGAUUUUCAUAUUCUUAAGCUACGUGAUAUGGCUACGUUACCAAAUUUAAAAUAUUUAAAUAUAGAUAAUAAUAGAAUUGUAGACAUAUUAUUAGAAGAUUAUCACAACACGUCAUUAACUUUAACCAACUUAAGAUUAUCAUAUAAUUUUUUAAGUAACAUACAUAAAGGAUUAUUUAAAUUUAUGCCUGAAUUGAGGAAUUUAGAUUUGUCUUUCAAUCGAAUUAAUAACUUAACUACACAGUCCUUUAGUAACUUAUACAACUUAAGGUAUUUGACUCUUGCCAAUAAUCGUAUUAACUUCAUAGAAGAAAACACUUUUUUUAAUUUACCUAAGUUAGAAUUAUUAGAAUUACAAAAUAACAACUUUACUUAUUUUUCACUUAAUUCAUUUAAUAAUGUUUCGGAUAUACACACACCUUUUACCUUAAACAUUAGUCAUAAUCACGUAAAAACUUUGGAAGGGAAUUCAAAUAUUCCUAUUAAUAUUUUUGAUGGUUCUUAUAAUUGUUUAAUUGAAGUGCCAAAUCUGUUUUACGCUUCCAUAGAAUCUUCCAUUCGACAAAUAAUUCUAUCUCAUAACAAAAUAACGCAUAUCCCAAACGAAGUUUUUGGUGAAUCGUUGUCUUUAGAAAUCUUAGAUUUACAUAAAAAUAAAAUAAGUAUUAUUAAGCGUAAGGCUUUUACACACCUUUUAUCUUUACAGAUUUUAGAUUUUUCUUAUAACGUAAUUUCUCAAUUAUCUGUGGAACAGUUUUGUAAUUUAAGUAGGUUAAAGUACUUAAAAAUGGACCACAAUCAUUUGAGGUUACUACCUAGGGAUGUAUUUAAAAACACCAUCAUAGAACACCUGGAUAUUAGUUAUAAUGAAAUUUCAUUGUUUCCAGUAACGGCUUUGUCGCAAAUAGGUUUUACUCUUCGCUUUCUUGAUUUAUCUCAUAAUCGAAUCGAAUACUUGGAUAAUAACAUUUUCCGAAAUACGCAAUUUCUGUUAAGUCUUAAUCUAGGGCAUAAUUUAUUGACAAUUCUAUCCGAUAACACAUUUUCUAGUCUCGGGAGUUUGCGUCGCUUAGAUCUUAGUUAUAAUUCGUUAAAGGCUAAUUUUAAGGAGCUGUUUCAUAACCUUCCUUACUUAAGGCAUUUGAAUCUCGCGAAUGUGGGGUUAAAAUCGGUGCCUUACCUUCCUUUAACAAAUUUAACAACUCUAAAUCUUACCCUGAAUUAUAUUACCAAAUUUAAAGAGACUGAUGUUAAGAAUCUCGUUAAUCUUCGACAUUUAGAUAUAAGCCAUAAUCUUAUUACCUCCUUAGUGCCAAAUAUGUGGUUUUACUUAAACAACUUGAAUGUAUUGGAUAUUUCGUUUAAUCCUAUUGAAAAGAUAACUGUCAAUUGUUUUAAAUGGUUGAGUAAUUUAUCGUACCUGAAUAUAAAUGGUCUUAAGCAUUUAGAAGUAAUUCAUACCGACUCCUUCCGUCCUUUAAUAUCUUUACGUUCCUUACAGCUUCAAACUUGGUCCACCAUAAACCAUUCAAAUUUUCACAUAUCUAAUAUAACAUCUCCAUUACCUUCAUUAUGCAAAUUAGUCAUUUACUGGACUGAUAAGGAAAUGAACCAGCAAUUGCAUUGGAUUAAUGCUAGAAAUAUUCGUUAUUUGGAAAUAAAAGGAGGAAAUUUACAAAACAUAUCUGAUGAUGCUUUUCAAUCAUUUGCCCAAAAUCAAGAGCUUUUUUUGAAAAUCACGGAAACCUCUUUAACCAAACUACCAGAUAAAUUUAUGAAACAUCUUGGCCUUGUCCCGCAGCUGGGAAUCGAUAUCAGCUAUAAUAAAAUUAAAAAACUAAAUCCGGCCAUUUUCUAUCCAAAUUUUACAAGCUGGAGUCAUGUUGCUACAAAACUUCUAUCAGGUGGACUUAUCCUUAGGGGCAACCCGCUUCUUUGCGAAUGUGAACUAAAUUGGUUGGGCGCAUGGUUGCGACGUUGGUUUCAAGAAAAUGAAGCCGGCUCUGAAUUACGAAGAGCGGUUCGUGAUGCUUAUUGUAUAGACAAACUUGGCCGCCUUGUGCCUCUGCUGCAGCUACGAGCUGAUGAAGCUGAAUGUCAUGCCAGUGCUCUUUCCAGUGACGCUCAACCAAAUUACACGAACAUCUUCUAUGUGGUUAUUAUUACUCUAUGGACGCUUGUGAUUAGGUGA